AUGGUAACCUCUGACGGACAUGCGAUCCGGGAGCAAGUUAGUAUACUUGGUAACAAUGUAGGGGGUACUAGCUCGUCCCUGGGUCCGCCUUCGGGGGAUCCCCGCCUACGUCCUCCGAUGGAGCAAACGCCACGACCGACGCUCAGUAGAGCAGCAGAUGGCGCAGACGAGACUCCAGCAUGUAUCCCAGAGUCUAAGCGUAAGCACCAUGGACUAUGGUACGAGUCUCUAGACUCAGACAAUCAGAAUCUUACAAGUGAGACCGGAUCCUUACGAGAUUUCGCACACCAGGAGGUACGUGCGAAGGGAAAUCCGCAUGGGAAGGAAGCGCUGGAGAACUUGUAUGACCGACUGCAUACCAAGGACCGCAAACAACAGCGUCGUAAGAUAUUCGUACACGAAGCUGUACACGAAGCGCCUACGAAGAAGGGUACGCCGAGUCAGGUACGCAAUCCGCACGCGCCCAGGGCAUGUCCCUUAAAACCCCAAAGGACGCGUUUCGGCAAAGGUGAAGAUGCAACAGCGGUAGCGAGGGUCAGAUGA